AUGGCCAGUACCUUACGCAUGCGCACCACCAUGAGCCCCAAUAAGGGCGAAACAGCUGUGCAUGGCUGCCACUGCCGGGGUGAUAUGGUUGUGCUCAUGCGUAAGGUACUGGCCAUAACGCGGAGUUGGUACGUGUGCUUCAGUGCAGUUAAUUGGUAUUGUUUCUAAAUCUUUAAGUCAAUUUAAGCGAUUAACUAAUCUGAAUUUCUGAUUUUUUAAGUUCUGUGUACACGGCAUUCGUGAAAAACAGGUCUUAGUUAGGUUAGUUAUAUAUAGUUUUGCAUAUUCUUUAGGGUAGUUAGGUUUAUUUAAGACCCUUUAUACUCCUGAUGAAUUUUACCGAUGAAUUAUUCUUUUCUAUUCCUGUCAGCUGAAAUCCGGAGUACACCCCCCUCCACCCCACUGGCACGGAUGCAAAACCGGAAGUCACUGGACAGUGUACAGGGGCACCCAACGGGAAAUUUUAAAACAACAACAAAGCAUCAAUAAAACUUUCUGAAGCCAUUUUAAGCAUUUUGAGAGAUUGCUACUAAAAAUUAAUCUGUUCCUCACUCCAAGGAAGACUGAUGGAAAAGUUCCUAGCCAGCAAGGUGCACCUACAACCUACAACCUGGCAUACUGGAAGUUUCCCAGCAGAUGUAUGUCCAGACAUUACUGGCCAGUUUUGGUGUGGUCAUAAGGCAAAGUUCACCCCUCAGCAGUAGGGAUGGGGGGGGGGGGUGGCUCUGGGGUUUCUGAUCCAUAACACAUAGUAACUAUUCUAAACAUCAAAUCCCCUCAGACACAUUUUUUUCUUAGCAACACUUUUCUUCCACGGACAUAUUUAUUCUUCCACAUCUCCCAGCCAGCAAAAACUGGCCUGGAGAACAGGUAUUUUGAGGAACAGAUCCUUUGGGUGCCCCUGAGUGUAGCCUAGCAGCACUAUACGAUGCGUCCUUAGGGGUGCAAAGUUUCUUGAUUGAAGUUUUGAGACUAACGUUCCAAGUCCUUUAACAAACUUGUUUAGUAAAUCACGCCGUAGUUGGUGACAUUGAACGAAGAGUAUUCAUAGAUUAUCAUAAUUUGAACUCAGUUGAACUGUUGCAAAUAAACAAUUUAAACAACUCUUGAUCGGCUGAAAGUGAAAACUGGCUUUGUCGGUGGAUUACUUUACGUCAAAUUCUUACCUAACUUCCACUUGCUGAUUUGUAGAUGAGUGUAAAACGGGACUACAUAACUGCCACGAUGAUGCAUACUGCACCAACACCAAGGGUUCCUUCACUUGUACUUGUAAGCAAGGAUAUUCUGGGGAUGGUGUUAACUGUACAGGUAGCAAACCAUACGGAGCUUAA